AUGAGCUCCUCGAUGGACACCAUAGAGAUUGUGGGCGGCGUCCACGCCGGGACGAAGCGGUUGCAACUUAAGUCUGUCUUGGAGCGAUAUGGGGAGAUCGACAUUUGUCACAAGGUGGGUGACCCGAUCCAGCACAUUCCAUGGGUACGCUUCGUCAAUGCUUCAGGGGCACGACAGGCCAUGGACGCCAUAGACAGGCAGGAGGUGCUUAUUGACGGUGUUGCCAUCAAGGCAAGGUGGAAGCCUCGUGGCAAGGACAAUUUGGCAGAUGAAAGGAAAGGCUACACAAGCCGGGACAUUUUCAUGGCCGAAAGGGACCGCAAAGGUGGUGGCGGAGGAGGUGGUAGCAGAGCACUGCUCAAUGAGAAGCGCCGCAGCCGCAGCCGCAGCAAUGGCAGGCGCAAUGCACGUGGCGGCGGCGGCGGUGGCGGUGGUGGUGGCAGCAGGUCUUUGAUGGAUGACAGGCCGCGUGACCGUGAUCGAGGUUACGAUGACAGACGCCGGGAUGAGCGAUAUGAUGACAGGCGUCGGGAUGACCGAUAUGAUGACAGGGGUCGUUAUGACGACAGGCGUUAUGAUGACAGAGGCCGCCAUGAUGACAGAGGGCGCUAUGAAGACAGGCGAGGUGAUGACAGGCGUGAUGACAAGUAUGAUGAUCGCCACGACGACAGGCCAUCGACAACUGGAAGGUUUCAACUCACCGCUCGGGCGCAGGAGGCAGAUGCGGCUGAGCCGCUGCCGUCGACGUCUUUGCCCUUCGAGGUAGCUACACUUUGA